AUCAACUCAUCGCAUCAGAAAUUGAACCUGUUGCUACUUCUAACAAUUUGCUUUGCAAGGCUCAAGUUGGUUAUCAGUGUCCUACUUUACCUAUUUCUUCUGCUAAUCUUGCAUUAAAAUAUCCAUCAAUCAAAUCAAUGAAAGAAUAGGCUUGCAAUUGCAAUCAAGAAGAUCUGUUGCACGCUACUUCUAAUCUGCUUGGCCCAAUUUGUUUCUGUGACAAAUUUCUUGGAUAUCUUCUUCUAGACCCGCAGGAAAUGCACCCUGCUAUUGCCUAGUGCCUAUUAAAGCUGUUUCUUCUCCUUAGUUGGCUCAUCAACUCCUCGCAUCAGAAAUUGAACCUGCCGCUACUUCUAACAAUUUGCUUUGCAAGGCCCAAGCUGGUUAUUAGUGUCCAACUUUACCUAUUUCUUCUGCUAAUCUUGCAUUGAAAUUCAUCGAUGGACAAAAUGAUGGACAAAAUGGUUGAGACAGUUGAGAAUUUUGUAGACCACCAUAGAAAACUUGAAGAAGAUCUGAAUGAGUUGAGAAGCGAAUGGCAGGUUCUAAAGAGGAGAAAAAUUGACGUUAAUUCAAGAAUACAAGUAGAGGUAGAGGUUCACUCGGGCCAGGUGGUGAAAGAAGAAGUAAAGGGAUGGCUUGAAGAUGUUCAAAAGAUCGAACAAGACAUUCAAGAUGUUGAAGAAAGAGUAGGCACAGUUCCAUCCUACAAACGUGCCAGUCUUGAUAAAGAUGUGCGUAAAAUUAUUGAAGAGGUGAAGAGGAUUCAAGAGAGGCGCAUUUUCGAAGGAGGCCUUGGGAUUGAGAGAGCUCCAGCUUGUGGAAUUGUCAUUCCAACAGAAAAUUUAGAGGGUGAAAUUUCUACUAGAGAUGAAAUUUGGGAGCACUUGAUGGGCAAUAAAGUUGGAAUGAUUGGGGUUUGUGGUAUUGGUGGAGUUGGUAAGACUACAAUCAUGAAGCAUGUUAACAAUGAUUUGGUGACGGGGAACAGAUUCCAGAAAGUGAUUUGGGUUAUUGUAUCAUACCCUUUGAAUAUUUUUGAAGUACAAAAGGAGAUUGCUGAAGCUAUGGAUGUGAAACUCCAAGAUGAGAAACAAAUGAGGCGGGCAGCAGCACUAAUGGAGAUAAUGCGAAGAAAGACUUUUGUGCUAAUAUUAGAUGAUGUAUGGGAAAAGUUUUCUCUCAAUGAUGUUGGAAUCCCAGAACCAACUGUGCAGAAUGGGUGCAAAGUAGUUAUCACUAGUAGAUCAGUUGAAGUAUGCAAGUUUUUUGAUUGUGAGAUUGUUAAAGUGCAGCCUCUUUCACAAGAGGAGUCUCUAAACCUAUUCCUAGAUAAGGUUGGACAUGCUGUUUUACAAAAUGUGCCGGAAUUGGAAGAAACCUUGAAGCUUAUGGUAAAGGAGUGUGCUGGUUUACCACUCGCUAUUGUUGUGAUAGCAGGGAGCAUGAAAGGAGUGGAUGAUAUUAAGGUGUGGAGAAAUGCAUUGACUGAAUUACAAGAAUGUGUUAAGAGUGUGAAAGGUUCAGAAGAUGAGAUAUUUAUGCGGUUAAAAUUUAGUUUUGAUCGUUUGCCUAAUGAGAAAAUCAAGAAUUGUUUUCUUUAUUGUUCCUUGUUUCGUGAAGAUUAUUUAUUUAAAAGGGAGGAAUUGAUAGAAAGUUGGAUUGAUGAAGGACUAAUGGAUGGAUUGAGAAGCAGGGAAGCAGCUUAUGACAGGGGCCAUGCCAUUUUAGAUGUUCUUGAAAAGAAUAGCUUGUUAGAGAAACAUUUAGGGACGAUAAUAGAGAUGCAUGAUGUUGUGAGAGACAUGGCUAUCAGAAGCAUUGGUCCUGGAGUUGGAUAUAUGGUAAAAACUUGUAUGAAAUUGACAGAGGUACCAAAUGAACAUGAGUGGGCCAGAGAUCUUAAUAAGGUAUCUCUAAUGGCAAAUGACAUUUCAAAAAUUCUUGUUGGAUUGACUCCAAAGUGUCCGACCUUGUCAACUUUGAUAUUAUCGGACAAUCCUUUGACAGAGAUUCCAGAAUCCUUUUUUGAGAAUAUGAGUCGACUCAAGGUUCUUGAUCUUUCUGGAACUCAUGUUGAAGCUUUACCUAGUUCCAUCUCUAAGCUGAAGUAUCUCUCUGCAUUGCGGUUAAGGAGGUGCAAAAAGUUAAAGUGCUUGCCUUCAUUAGAGAAGCUUGUGGCAUUGAAGAAGUUGGAUCUGCAAUGGGCAGGGAUUGAGGUGGUCCCUCAAGGCAUGGAGAUGUUAGUAAGUCUUGAAUAUCUUGAUUUUUGUUAUACAGAUUUGAAAGAGAUUCCAAUAGGAAUAUUGUCUAAAUUAUCUAGUCUCCAGUAUUUGGUAGCAAAAAAGGAUUGGAGAUCACCUAGUGUAAAGAUAAACUCAGAAGAGGUUGCUAGAUUGAGGAAGUUGGAGAUUUUAAAAUGUAAUUUUGAUGACAUGCAAGACUUUAAUUAUCUUCUGAGGGAGUUUAAAAAUUUUCAAAGUUUUAUUGCUUACGAGCUUCAAGUGGGAACAAAAAUGGACCAUGAUAGGGAUUUUGAGAAUACUAGUCAUAAAUGUAGACUUAUAAUUAGUGAGUGUAACAUUGGAGAAGAAUGUAUAGUGCUUCCAGAUAAACUUCAGCAUUUGCGGAUCCAUAAAUGUAAAAACAUCAGAAGCAGCUUAAACAAAACAGCUUUGUUAGAGAAUGCAACCGAGUUGGGUGCUUGUAUUAUUAGUGAUUGUGAAGAGAUAGAGUACGUUGUUGAGUUGGAUUCAUCUUUCUCCUCAUCAUGUAAACCAGUACUUGAUAAGCUUGAACAUCUGCGUCUUUGGGAUUUGCCUAGGUUGUGGGCACUCGUGAGAGUGGAAGGAGUAGCAACACAGCCACGUGUCUUUUCCAAUCUUAAGACACUUGGUUUGGAAGGAUGUUCAAGAAUGAGGAAGUUGCUUCCACUUGAGCUAUUGCAGGCCUUCCAAAACUUAGAGAUGAUUGAAGUUGGUGGUUGUGAACAAAUGGAGGAGAUAAUAGCCUCAUCAGAUUCAGAUGCAUCAUCAUCGAAUAAAUUCAGUUUCACUUGUCCUAAAUUAAGCGUAUUGCAGUUGUGGAGGUUACCCCAAUUGAAGAGUAUCUGCAGUGCUAAAGGAGUUAUGGUUUGCGAUUCUAUUGAAUACAUUUGGAUAAGGCAAUGUCCUGAGUUAAAGAGGAUCUCUGUGCAGCUUCCCAUGCUUGAUAAUGGUCAACCAUCUCCUCCUCCUCAUCUCAAAGGAAUUGGGAUAGAUCGACUCUCAAAAGAAUUGUGGGAAUCAUUGGAGUGGGAUCAUCCUAACGCUAAGAACAUACUCCAACCUUUUCUUCAAAUAAACUGAUUAUUGAAUGUAGAGUAGCGGAUGUGUGUAAAUAAUAAGUCACGUGCAACCACAAUAACAUGUGUGUAAAGAAUAGGAAAACCGAUGUAAGGAAGGAGGUCUUCUGGAAGAGAUGAGAUUGAGAUGCAUCCACCCUAUGCACUCAUGUCUUAAAACGCCAAUUAUGAUCUUUUAUCAAGCAAAGGCAACUUCUCUUGGUGGGGUAGUGAAGCAAAAGAAAAAUGAGACUCAGCCAGGGCCAAUACUCCUUGACAUGGUUGACAAUAAUCUUGUUUUUGUUUCAAUUUAUGUGUCUUUUAUUUAUUGGAUGGACUUGGUUUAGUGCUGAUUUCAUUUGGUAAUUUGUUUUGUGUUGUAAUUAAGUUGUCAAGCGUGUUGUGUCAUGGGAUUUCUACUCUUUUGAUUGAUAGAAUGUGACUCCGUUAUCAAUUUGAAAUGUAAUUUUUGUAAUACCUGUCGUGUUUGAUAUAUUGUUAUAAUUUCAAGUUCC